AAACCGGUCGCAUCGCAAGAAAUUUAACGAGAGAUAGAGAGGGGAGGCCAUGCUUCGUGUAACUCAGACCUAGGAAACUACACAAACAGAUCAGAGUUAGUUUCAAGCGAGGUUGAUAUCAGUUUGGUUUGACGGGAAGACAGUGCCAUCUCUGUGUUUUGUUUUAUUAUGGAGUACACUUUCGCUUUCAGCAGCGGACCGCUCUGUGUGUUAUCAGUGGACAUCACUGCUAUACUAAGAUAGCAGGUGUCAGGGCUGUGCAGUAGCAGCCAGUCGUGAAUCAGAAUGGGAUUAACUGAUAUGUGAUGAUGAAUGAAUCUACGUUAAUCCCACUAUUGGACUUCGAGGGAAUCACACCGACCACACCCCCACCUCUUGGAUAUCUCAUCUUUCAGGCGCUCUUCCUUUCGGUCGUCAUGGUGGUUACCGUCCUUGGGAACGUCGCGGUGUGUUACGUGGUUUAUCGCACCCGUAGUAUCACCACAGUGACCGGUAUGUGUAUCACCUCAUUGGCCCUAGCUGAUCUAUUUCGUGGUAUCUUGGUUCUACCCUUCGUUAUAAUGGCGUCUGUGCUUGGUAAUGAGUGGGAUCUUGGUGAUGUGUUGUGCUCUCUGAGUGGACUACUCUAUACCCUUUUUGGCACGGCGAGUGUCAUGACAUUGGCAGCCGUUUCGAUCGAUAGAUAUGUCGCCAUUUUGAAGCCUCUAAAGUACACGUCCAUCAUCACCACUCUACGAGCAGCGUGUUUUAUUUGUUCCAUAUGGCUACUAGCCAUUCUCAUGUCACUAUUACCAAUUAUUGGCUGGUCCAGUUACAAGUUCACUCCAUGGAAUGGAAUAUGUAUCGCUAACUGGACUGACUACAAGCCGUAUGCUUACUUCUACCUAUGCCUGUCGUUUAUUCUGCCAUUUUCCGUCCUGGUUUUCUGCUAUUAUAACAUAUUCAAGGUUGCAAGGCACCAGUCUCGACGCGUCAUGUCGCUGGAAGUGACGUCAGUGGACGGACCGCACUCGACGGGGCAUAGGAUGAACCUCGGGCAGCGGCCUCACAAUGGACGACCUCGCCUCGUUAUGAGGAAAGAAAAGAAAGCAGCAGUCACUCUCUUUGCUGUGAUGGGAGUCUUUAUUAUAUGUGUCACUCCAUACAAUGUCGUCCAUCUCGUCUAUGCCUUCAAGGGAACGCAGAACUUACGAGUUGCUCUCGGCGUUACCUCAAUGCUUUCAUUUGUGAACUCAUCAGCCAACCCGCUAAUCUACGGUAUUUUGAAUCGUAAGUUCCGUCACGUGUUCCUAGAGGUUCUGAAAUGUCGUUACUGCCCGCGAUGCUUUUGCUGCCGCGAUGACGACGCAGGUUUCCGGCACGACGACAUCCCGUCCGAUAUCCCAACGGCCAGCAUGGGGCACAGACUAAAGCCCGUACCACGUGACAGUGGUUACAUAACAUCCUACACGCACACCACAAGCUCCCGUGCCGGAGUUCCGGACAUCUUUGCAGUUUCUGUGACAUCAACGAGUAACACCUUAGCGUCCUUGGGGGGUAACAUGAAAUCAGUCGGCAAGAUUGCCCAGGGGCAACUUCCAAUGAUUGAGGACAUAUCAGAUGAGGAUCUUGCCAGCCCGGGGAUAAUCAAGAACGGAAAGCUACUUCACCCAAAGGGAGGGUUAAGAGCAAGGUUUGUUGAUGUGUGUGAAUCAGCUCCCGGUGUUUCUACGGAUAACUCGUCGGGUCCGUUCGAUACCGCUGCAGGUUCAAGUAGCAAGGAAUCCACACAGAAAUCGCCGGUAGACGAUAGGGACUUUAGAAUACUGUUGUCUCCGAGUACACUUUAGCACGGUAGACCUCUCAGUCAUAUUGUGUACAAAACGAACAGUGUGUCAGUUUAAACAGCUCCUCUCGAAUCUUCAUUCGAUAUUCGUAAAAGGAGAAUACAUUGCGAUUAACACUCCAUAAUACAUGACAUGAAGGCACAUUUCAAACUCUGUUGACAAAAUUGCACAGCAAACCAAACAAUACAUCAAAUUUUAUAGCAUCAAUAUUCAUACAGACCUAGAAUGGACCGCCAUUUUGUACGGGUGGCAAUUCGAUGAGUUCGCAAACAUUGCCCAUUAUGAAAAGUGUAUUCAAAUUACAUUCAUGCCUAAAAGCGGGUAUAUUAAGUAUGGUUCCGAUAGUGCAAUAUGAUCACGUAUAGCUGUAGUUUACAAUGUAUAUUUGCUUUCAAAUGUAACUUGUAAAACUAUAUGCAUUUUUUUGCUCGAACAAGUGCUAAGCCCAUGUAGUUUUUUAACCACAUGUUGACAACUAUGGGUCGAAUGAAACCACUUAAAGAAAAGCUCACAAUGACAAUUCACACUGACAAUUCACAAUGACAAGUCACACAGACAAGUCACAAUGACACAUCACUUGACACGUCACAGAAAACACUUUAUGUCACACCUCAAGACAAUGUCAAGACAAUGUGACACGUCACAUUGACGUCAGAACCGUUUCACGGCUUCACUAAACGUUUAAUCGUAUAACAAAUCACGUGACACAUCACAUGACACGUCACAUGACAUUUUAAAUAGACCGUUGUCAGUCACAAACCGGUCAACAGUGUUGCCUUAUACAUACCUCGAACCAAAUGGGUGAAAUUCCUUCCAUACUAAUUUGGUAUAUUUAUGAGGAUUGUCAUUUUGAUACAAUUCGAUACAUUUGGUAAAUAUACAGAUCUAUAUUCUAAAAGUGGAAAACUUGGUUUCCGUCAGGAUGCAAAUUUAAAUUGUUUGCUCUAUAAGAAGACGUGAUUAGGCUUACUGUAAUAAAUUGUUAUCAAUUUUAAGACCACCCUUAUCCUCCAUCCAUAACCCUAAACACGCUAAGUCUAAUCCCUUCAAUAAGUAUUUCCAAUAAAAUAGAAACCUUUCCAAAUGUUAAGUGAGUUUGUGGUUGGUUGACUUAUACAUCGCAAGAAGGUUGCAUACCCCUUUUGUGGCUCGUCCUAUAUUUCCAUGUGAAUUGUUAAUCUUUUGUCUGUCAGCAUUUGGGCUCAUAGUUGUGGUUGAAUGUCCUUAAAUGCAUCCACUCACAAACAAAAAUGAGGUUUUAUGUAUAAAUCAUAAAACAUAGCCACGUGUUCAUCAGGUUAAAUAGCACACGUUUCCUUUACACAGAUAUCAUGUGAAGCAUAAACGUGUUACCAGCCAAAGUUACUUAGUUUUAAGCUGUUGCAACUGGUGCCCGGUAUUUAGGUUAUUCCCAAUGUUUAAUUGGAAAAUUUGUUGCGCACAGAAACUUGUAACCAGCCAAAAUGACAUUUAGGCUAUAAUUUGGAGGAAGGUACUAGGUUAUGUAUUCAAGUGUUUGAUUAAUGGAAUGUCCUCACCACACAGGGCAUGACUACUUCAAAAAUGUGAACCAAAACUGGCUUCACAUCUGAAGAUCGGUUAAAUCCAGCAUCCACUCAGAAAUCAUUUUAAUUGACACUGUCGAGACAUUCACUCGCGAGGACAACUCUUUGUUUUUCCACUUUUUGUUUUUGAUCCCGAUUUGGGAGACCUUUAUUUCAAUGGCGUCCAUAUCCGAGUACGGUUAAAACCUAUGGUAGGCCUACCUCUCGGUUGGCCCACACCACACGUAUGAUGUAUCUGUUUCUUUUAUGUUCUCGGGUAGACAAUCUCACAGGGGUGCUACAAUUUAAUAUAUGUCGAUUCAGUUUAAAUGACAUACGGUAUAUAGUUAAAUAAGGCUGAUGAAGCACACGCGACUACAUUGGACUACACCCCCAUGUUUCUAUCGUCAUGGUUAAUUAAAAAGCAUCUCACUGCGAGAGUGCAUUUAUGUAUGAAGGUAGGCCUACAUCGGAAGUGCGGUCAGGGCUGUUUAGUGCAUUGAGGGCACUAUACUUCCAGAGACUGUCCUAGUUAUGGGGUGUAUUUUCUUCUACUUCGCUUUCAACUUAAAGCUCAUGGCAGUGUGGUUCAUGACACUUUGCAUUAAUCACUAUAGAUUGAUCUUAUAUGUUAAACAUUGUGUACACCACUUUUAAAUCAGUGUCUCACUUUCAGCCGUGUUUACAGCUGUGUUUCGAUUUGCAGUUUGAGCCUGACUUUCUAUAAGAUAUUUUCCAGAUGUUCCAGAACCUUUCACACUAAAGCAACAUUAUUUGUAUCUCGGAGGUUGUUAUGAUGUUACAGUAAAAGUGACAUGUUCACAAUGUUUUCCCGAAUGUUCCAAACCAUUACAAAGGCUCUUUCCAAUCUGUUUCAUUUGAGGGUUAAAGCACUUGUGUAAAACAUUGGUUUUUGACAAGUGCCAUGGUAUUCCCAUUUUAUGUGAAACUUUAAACAUGUGAAACUUUAGGCUUGUUUUCUUACGAAAUGUUAAUUGCCGCAUGGUUACACUGAGAUUGACAUUGGUUUUUCGCGUGAUUAAAAACUAACAGUUUUAGGCAUACUCUUUUCUCAAAACCAAAAAAAUAUACAGCCCUUCAGGCAAAAAUAUUUCAAUGGUUGCUUUCCCAACAUGACAAUGUUUAUGACGGUAAUCUGUGGACAUUGUAUGGUGUUAACCUUAUACUGCGCACAUAAUUACAUGGUCUGAACACACUCCUCCGCCCAUGUCAUACUAUAGAUGAGAUUCAAGUCUGCUCUCCUCUCAGGAUGUGAGUGGGUGAUGUUUCUAUCAGUAACUCUGUCAUCUACUACCAAUAAGAUUGGCUAAUGCGGGUAAGGGUAAUCAUGAAAAAGGGAGCCAGAUCAAUGUUGAUAGAAAUCUAUUAGGGGUGGGAGUUAUUCCUGAAAUCGUAUACGAAGUAUUCAAUCGAGGGAUCUGUGUCACAUUCUGAGAAAAGACAAUUACAUUUAAUCUGCUCGUUAGAGUCGGAAGCCAGACUUACUGAAAGGUACGACGUGAAUGAUUGGUUGAUUCCAACAAAUUAUAUUGACGAUUUUCUCAAUAAGGAUACCAACUGACCGGGAACUGCGUCUAACAUGCUGCCGUGAGAGAGAUUGUGCCCCAAACUAUCAUCUAUGUCAAACAAAGUCCAUCGCUAACAAUUUAGUUUUCGAUUACAAUAUCAUGGACAUAACGCCAAAACACGAUGAAACGGAUUUUAAGGUUUGAAUGUGUGUGUGUGAUUGGUGUGUUUGCGUGUGAGCUUACGGGAUAGCCCUUGUGGGGUAUUUUAGACAAUGCAACAAUGGACACCAUGUGCAUUUGUAUGUAUGUAUGGUGUUUGUUUUGUG